UCCAGUGCUAAUAUUGGCGAGGAACCAGACCACUUAAAUCAGAGCUCGUCUCCUGCUCAAAUGUUUCCCUGGAUGAGACCACAAGCGGCGCCGGGUAGGAGGAGAGGAAGACAAACAUACAGCCGAUUCCAAACUCUAGAGCUGGAAAAGGAGUUCCUCUUUAACCCCUAUCUGACCAGGAAGAGGAGGAUCGAGGUGUCCCACGCACUAGGACUCACCGAGAGGCAGGUAAAGAUCUGGUUUCAGAACAGGAGGAUGAAAUGGAAAAAAGAGAACAACAAGGACAAAUUCCCCGCUUCCAGACACGAGGGAAAGGAAGGGGACGCCAAAAAGGAAGCACAUGAUCUGGAAGAAGACAGAGCUAAAGGCCAGACGAAUUAA